GCGCUCGACUUCGCGCGGGCAGCUCGACGAAUCGGAUUGAGCGUCGUAUCGUGCGUGUUUUUCGAUGUGUAUCGUGACGUGCAAAUGGCGGUUGUCGUGUUUUGUGUCGAUGUUUCCUCGGAAUUAACUACGCCAUACCGUUAAUACAGCGUUCUGCCAGCGAGCGAGUGCACGAAAAAGUGGUUCGGUGCCGCGGUCGCGGAUCAUCUCGUUCAUCAUGGUGAAGCUGGUGAAGAAAUUCUUCGCCGGUGAUAAGGUGUUCGCAAAAGUUCGAGGUUACCCGCCAUGGCCAGCCAGAGUUGAAAAAGUUAGUGAUCCAAAUUCAAAGAAUGCUAAAUAUAGCGUCUACUUUUAUGGUACAGGAGAAACGGCUGUUUGCAAGGUUGAAGAAUUAUAUACCUAUACAGAAAACAAAGUAAAGUUUUGCAAACCAAUUCGACGAAAGUUUUUUCAUGAGGGUAUACAGCAACUUGAACAAGAACUUAAAAAUGACAGGAGUAAACCUAUGGCAGAUCUCGCUGCCAUUAAAGUUUUAUCCAAAGGUGCUGAUACAACAGAAUUACCAGCUGCUAGUGCUACAGAUAGUGACAUGGAAUCAUCCUUAGUGAUAGAUGAAGGAGAUAAGAAGAAAUCUUUGAAAAGGAAACCUCUUACAACUACCUCCAAUACUCCUGAUACUCCAGAAGUGAAGAAGAAACGUGGUAGAAAACCUGUAAAUGAUACAUCAAAACAGGAAGCUGCUCUAGAUUCACAAGGCGAGGAAUCACCUAAAGAAGUAGUUAGUCGCAGUGGACGGAAGAUUAAGCCAAAACGUUUUGCAGAUUUCUCUAGUUCUGAUGAAACUGAAACCAAUGUGGAUAAAAAUGAACAUUCUGGACGAGGUCGUAAACCGAAAAAUGAAGAUGCUGAGCAUCAAAUAACACCCAUUCAUAAGAAAAGAGCUGCUAUUGAAAAACGAAACAAUGAAGCGUCGAUACUUGAUGGAGCAGUAACCAGUACCACAUCUUCUGAUACAUCAAAUCGCGUUAUCUUAGCUCGUACAUUUGCUGGAGAACAUGUAGGCAUUAAACUGGAUAAGGAUAUGCCGAAAUCUUUUGAAAGUAAAGAAGCUCGAACGCGAUGGAACUGGGUAGUUGCCAGGAAUGCUAUGAAACUCAAAGCACAAUUGGAAAGUGGUGAAAUUUUGCCAGAGGCAGUGAAGGACUCUUUAGAUUUUAAUGUAUCCGUGCCAGAAGAUGAGAACCGUCUAACAAAAGAUGGAGCUGUUCACCGUAAAACAUAUAAACUGAGGUGGCUUCGUAUAGAGGCUCAACUCCUGCAAUUAGAUGCUCAAAUAAAAUCAAAUCUGGGAUUGGAUCGUGCAAAUACAGAUAAAUGUUUACAGGCGAUGGACGAGAUCUUGGCUCUUUCAAUUGAUCCUUUAAUGUUGAAAAAACAUCCCCAUAUUGUUGAAACAGUGAAAAGGCUACGACGAUAUAUUGGCAAUUUAGGAGAAUGGAAACUAACUGAAGAAGAAGGGGCUAUUUUUAAACAAAAAGCAGAACAGAUUAGACAAAAAGCUGAGCAUAUAUACAACAAAUAUAAGGCUAUGUUCACCAUACCUGAAGGUCAGUCAUUUUGGCAAUCAUUUUCGAGUCAAGUCGGUCACUUCAAGGAAUUGACAAAAAAUAUGCCUGAAGAGAAGGUAUUUUCAUUGAUGUCUGACCCUGCUUGUUCAGAUGCAGGAAGAUCAGAAGAUUCACUUUUGGCAGAUGACAUUGCCAGUCAACUGGAUGUGACAACAGAAUCUGUAACAGAACCAGAAAAAGCAGAAGCGGAAUUUGAGCUGGAACCAAAAGCAGAAACUGAACCUGAUCAAAUAGUGCAAGCAGAAACAGAAGUGGAGUCGGAACCAGUCGCUGAAACAGAAGUAGAAGUGCCUACUAGAUGUGAGAGUCCCAAAAAUGAGGAGACCAAGUAACAUAUAUAAAAAUUUUUAUUCGAUAAUAUAAACUUUGCUUAUUUUCUUGUAUACCAUUAUGGUCUAAAAAAAAAGAAAAAAACGGAUAUAUAUAUAUAUAUAUAUAUCGGGCGCAUUCAUAAAGUUAUAUUUUUAUUUUGUUGGCUUUAUAAUCCUCUGUCUAAAUCUUAUGUUUCUAUCAUUGCAUGUCAUUAAAUUGUUUAACGGCAUAUACUUAUAAAUUUAAUUUUUACAAUAUACUUAAAAGAUCUACUAGAAACAUUCUAGUAGAAAAUUUGUUAAAACUUAACAUUUCGACGAGAUGUAAAUAACAUGAUCUCUUGCUACAAUCAGAAAUCCAUCAAAAUACAAAGUAUUAAAAGGAUUAUAAAAUCACUUCAAACUUUAAUUCUGUGAAUGCGAUCGAUCUUGCUUUGGCAUAUGUGGAAGUCAAUCUCUUGAAUAAGUUGUGUUGUACUUUACUUCAUGAGUUUGUGAGUAUAUAUCUAUAAUUGCAGUACAUCUGCAUUGUGUAAUCGCAGUACAUCUGCAUUAUCAUUUGAUGCAAUAUUUGCAAACACUAUUGAUCACAACUAACUGGAUAAGAUCAGACAAAUAUUCACUGUCAGAGAUUAUUCAAUAAAUGUGGCUGAUAUAGUGGAUCAACUUAAAAAAAACGAAACGAAUAGUAUUUUUACUUGACAGUAAAAUGAUGCUGUCAUGUAUCGAAAUACUAGUCUUUGUAUAUUUGGGUAGUGCCAUGGAGAAAAUUUGUAAAGAGCACAUAAACACUAUUCACACAAAACUUAUUUACAUGUUUAGUUAAUACAAUUGA